AUGUCGGGAGGUAGGAGCAUCGACAAAGAGCGCAAGUCGCCCAGGGAAAGCGGUGAGGACUCUGAGGAUGAAAGCGAAAUCCUAGAAGAAAGUCCCUGCGGCCGCUGGUUGAAACGUCGUGAAGAGGUGGAACAGCGCGAUGUUCCCGGGAUCGACUGCGCUCACCUCGCGAUGGACACCGAGGAGGGUGUGGAGGUUGUGUGGAACGAGGUGCAGUUCUCAGAGAGGAAGAACUUCAAGGCACAGGAGGACAAGAUACAGAUGGUGUUCGACAACCUCACCAGGCUGGAACACCCCAACAUAGUCAAGUUCCAUCGGUACUGGACAGACACUCACAACGACAAGCCGAGGGUCAUAUUCAUAACGGAGUACAUGUCCUGCGGCUCGCUGAAGCAGUUCCUCAAACGAACCAAACGAAACGUUAAACGUCUACCGCUGCAGGCCUGGAAGAGAUGGUGCACACAGAUACUGUCCGCUCUCAGUUAUCUCCAUGGCUGCGUUCCUCCGAUAGUACACGGCAAUCUGACCUGCGACACGAUCUUCAUACAACACAACGGGCUGGUGAAGAUCGGCUCGGUGGCUCCGGACGCGAUACAUCAUCACGUGAAGACGUGCAGGGAGAACAUGAGGAACAUGCAUCUGAUAGCGCCUGAAUAUGGAUCAUCACAAAUGGUAACCCCGGCCAUGGACAUAUACUCGUUCGGUAUGUGUGCCCUGGAGACGGCCGCUCUGGAGAUACAAGGGAACGGAGAGACGGGCAGCCAUGUGACGGACGAACAUGUUACAAGGACAGUGGAGUCAUUGGAGGAAACGAGGCAGAAAGACUUUAUAUACAGAUGCAUCAACAAAGACCCAUCAAAGAGGCCAACCGCCAGGGAGCUCCUCUUCCAUCCUCUACUGUUCGAAGUCCACUCAUUGAAACUGCUCGCAGCACACACGCUCGUCAACACUUGUGCGAAUAUAUCAGAGACGAUCACGGACGAGAUGAGUUCAGGCGGCGGAGUGGCGGCCUGGAGCAGCCGGGGAGGAGUGAGGAGCGAACUAGCGGCUCGCGACCUGCCGCACGCUGAGAAACUGGAGAAGUUUGUGGAGGACGUUAAGUACGGCAUCUACCCGCUGACCGCGUACGGGUCGUCUGUCCGGUCUUCGUCUCCGUGUGAGCGAGCCCGCGCGGCGUCCGAGAGCGCGCCCGCGUCCCCCGAGCCUCGCGCCCGGGACCUCGAGACACGGAGGGUCGUCAACAUGAUGUGCAGCCUCAAGCCCGCGCCCGCCGCCGCGCCCGCACCGCCCGCGACACCACACACACACGACCUGCUGAUGACGAUCCUGCUCCGUAUGGACGACAAGAUGAACCGCCAGCUGACGUGCGCCGUCACCAGGAGAGACUCCGCCGCCGCGCUCGCCGCGGAGCUGGUCGCGCUGGGGUUCAUACACGAGGCCGACCGCGACAAGAUCUGUCGAUUGAUGGAGGACUCUCUGCGAGGCAGCUUCGGCCAGCGAGUGACGCACGUGGCCAGCUAG